AUGUCGGACCGGGUAAAGCAAGUUGCAGCCGAAGAAGCUGAGAGAGUCAAGGCAAUGACCGUGGAUGCCUUCCAGUCCCGAGCCUAUUUGUAUCCUUUCAAGGGCGUUUUCUACUUCACCACCCACAAAGACCUAUGGCGACCAUUGAUCUCCAAACUGACCCCUACCCUUACCCUCAGCGUCGGCAUCACCACUCUGAUGUUCCUCGUCGCAUAUGUCCCUCAAGCUGCAAUCAUGGCAUUUACCUCGGGACCCAUCGCAGCCAUUUCUGCAGCUCUGCUCACCCUCAGCGAAAGCUCUACUCUCAUCAAUCUCCUCGCAAAGACCUUCCUAAUUGAAGAUGCCCUCGUUGAUACCUUCGAUGGCACGCUGCUAUCACAAAACUGCACAAACUUGGUGGGAGAGGGGAGGCAAAUACAGGGCGGAGGCGACAAUAUCGCUCGGUUGGGGAAGCUGGUCAAGAAGCCUUUUGCCAAGUUCACCCCAAAUGCCAUCGUUCGGUAUUUGCUGUACCUGCCACUCAACUUCAUCCCUGUUGUUGGCACGGUAAUAUUCAUCAUCUUACAGGGAAAACGAGCGGGACCGGCUGCCCAUACAAGAUAUUUCCAGCUCAAGGGAUGGUCCAAGAGAGAGCGAGAAAUUCACGUCGAGGAGUUCCGUGGCGGAUACACCUCGUUUGGUGUGACAGCGUUCGUCUUGGAAAUGAUCCCGUUUGCAAAUCUUAUCUUCGCUUUCACAAACACUGUGGGUGCAGCACUUUGGGCCGCCGAUGUUGAAAAGAAGGCAACAACAUCAUCUCGGGUACGCGAACUGGCUCAGAAGGCUGAUUGA